UGUUGUUUCGGUUGCCGUGGAAACUAGGAUUCUGAGCCAAUCACAGGCUCGGUUGCCGCUGCUCAUUAAUAUUAACGAGCAGCAGCGGCUCGCGCCGGGGCUCCAGUGCGCACGCGUGCAGCUCUGUCCCCAACAACAAGAAGCAGGAGCGAGGCAACAUGGCGGACCUCGGGAAGAAGUACUGCGUGAACUGUCUGGCCGACGUUACAAACCUGCGGCUCCGCUGCACCGACUGCCCGGACAUCGAGCUGUGCCCGGAGUGCUUCUCGGCGGGAGCGGAGAUUGGUAACCACCGAAGAUGGCACGGCUACCAGCAGGUCGACGGCGGCCGUUUCUCCCUCUGGGGUCCCGAGGCGGAGGGAGGCUGGACCAGCAGGGAAGAGCAGUCGCUGCUUGAUGCUAUCGAGCAGUAUGGAUUUGGAAACUGGGAGGACAUGGCCACCCAUGUGGGAGCUUCCCGGACCCCCCAGGAGGUCAUGGAGCAUUAUGUCACCAUGUACAUCCAUGGAAACCUGGGCAAGGCCUGCAUUCCUGACAGCAUUCCUAACCGGGUGACGGACCACACCUGUCCUAGUGGGGGGCCCCUAUCCCCCAGUCUAACAACACCUCUCCCUCCACUGGACAUCAGCCUAGCUGAGCAGCAGCAGCUGGGCUACAUGCCGCUUCGUGAUGAUUAUGAGAUUGAGUAUGACCAGGAUGCGGAGAAGCUUAUCAGUGGCCUGUCGGUCAACUACGACGACGAGGAUGUGGAAAUCGAGAUGAAACGCGCUCAUGUGGAUAUGUAUGUGCGUAAGCUCCGUGAACGACAGCGUCGCAAGAACAUUGCCCGGGACUAUAACCUGGUUCCUGCCUUCCUGGGCAGAGACAAAAAGGAUAAAGAGAAGGAGAAGCCAGGGGUGCUUGGAGUUUCAGGCACUGGUGGUGGCGGCAUGGGCGGGAUGGGAGUUGGCGGUAGCAUGACAAUCGGUGCGGGUUCCACGACAGCAGCGGGGUCAGGUUCAGUCACAAGCACACCUAAACGCAAGAUCACCAAGGAAGAGAAGGAGCAGCGGCUCCGGCUGCGGGGCCUCUGCCAGUUCAUGGCCCACAGGGAGUUUGAGGAAUUCUUUGACAACAUGCACAAAGAGCGCAUGUUGAGGGCCAAAGUGCGCGAGUUGCAGCGCUAUCGCCGCAACGGCAUCACCCGUCUGGAGGAGUCAGCCGAGUACGAAGCUGCGCGCCACAAACGGGAGAAACGCAAGGAGAACAAGAGUGUGGUCGCCUUCAAACGGGGUGGUGGAGGAGGGGGCGGGCUCGGCUUCGGGUUGGGACUAGGAGGUGGAGCCGGGGCAGGUGGAGGGGCCGCAGGAGGAGUCAAUGUUGGAGGCGGAAUCAAAGAAGAGGGCAAGGAUGGGGAGUUCGCCGCCAUCGAGAAUCUGACGGGUUUUGAGCUGCUGUCGGACAGAGAGAAGGUGCUGUGCAACUCGCUGAACCUCAGCCCCACACGCUACCUGACUGUCAAAACCAUCAUCAUCAAAGAUCACCUGCAGAAGAGGCAGGGCAUUCCUGCCAAGAGCCGCCUGCCCAGCUACCUGGACAAGGUCCUCAAGAAGCGCAUCCUCACCUUCCUCACAGAGAGCGGCUGGAUAUCCCGUGAUGUCUCGUAACACUCCAGAGGAGCUUGUUGAUGGUUGGUCAUACUUCAUUUGCUGAUCAAAACUACUGGAUUUCGCCAUUUUUUUGUAAAGGUGACCUUGUGAAUAUGUACAUUGCAAAGAAAAAGGAUGUCCCUUUGGAAACAAAUAUUUUCAUACGAGGAGGGGUAGGAACAGAAGUAGGCCUAUAUUUUUAUAACGGAAUCAAAAUAUUGUGGGGGUAAUGAUCAUUUCUGUGGGUUCACUUUAUUUGGUGUCCAUAUUGCUUUUGAAGAUGAAUGCAACUCUGAUACAGUCUGAGCUGAUGUAGAGGUUUCACCUGUUCUAACAGCAGUGAUGAAUCCUAGAAUGGUGCAGGGUCAGUAUUUGUCACUGAAAUUAUCAUCCUUGUGGUUACUGCUGUGUUUACAGUUUGGAAUUACAACAGACAGAGGAAACUCAAACCAUUAAUUCGUUAAAGUGAUUUUCAUGUUCUGUUACUUAACCAGUUAAUGCCGCGCCAGGCAGCUCUGCGCUUUUGCAGCCCAUGUGGCAGCAAAAGAUUGAAGUUUGAAGAGCAGGUUCAGCUUUUCGGAUGGUUGCUCACUUUCUGUUUGGCGUCAUGUGUCACCUCCUGUCUGCUGACGGCAUUUGCUCCCACUGACCAUACCUGAGAGCUGAAGUUAGUUGAAGCAAAUCUGUGGCAUCUCAGGGCCGAUGCGAUGCCCUUUUUCUUGUUUAGAGUCAUUUCAAAUGUUUUUUCUUGCUGGUUUCAUCUCACCAGAAAUUGUAAGUGUUGAAGUACGACAUCAAAACAGUUUAACCCUUUGAAAGCUGAGCAGAUUCAGUUGAUUUCAUUCAAAAACAACAAUGUUUAAAAUUAGCCAAAAAAUGACAAGAAAACUAUAUUUGAAAUGACUCAGAUGAUAUUUAAUUAUAUUGUGUGUAUAUGAUUUGAAAGUCAGAUCAGUGAUGCUGGAUCAGAAUUUUUGUGUUCAAAUGCUUGUUAAAGGUGCCUGAACCCAAGCAAAAUAUCUCUUGAUCUAAAGGGGGUGCACAGCUCACUCAAAGUCAACUUGGAGGUCCUGAACAUGAGGACGUUUAUAAACCUCUGGCUUAGACCAAAAGGUUGAUGUAUUUCUAGAGUAACCUGUUGCCUGGUGCAGGUUUAAGCCAAUCCAAACACACUGAUCAGUUGCAAUAAUUUAUAUAUUCAGGACAGUUCCAAUUUUGUGAGUAUGUAUGUUGAUCCUGCACCGUUUCCUAUGUCAAUGCAGAAUUCCUUGUUUCCCCAGGCUUGUAUCUCCAUUAAGGUAUCAGUAUUUUGGUUUGAUGUUGCUGAUAUUUGGUGUUAAAAAAUUUGCCUUUUUUAAUGCAAAAAUUCAAACAAGAAUUUAGAGUUUGCACUGUUUUAUUCUUAUCAGUGGAAAAAGCAUUAAACAGCAUUCGCACCUUCAUGGAAUGUUUUUUAGGUGAUCAGCUGCUCCUUCACGCAGGUUUCACCGCAGGGCUUACAGGCUGUUGCACUGAAAUAAUCUCUCUAGGCAGACGUCUGAAAUAAAAUGUGUUUAAAGCACUGACCAGCUGUCCUGUCAGAAGACCAACGACCAGCUGAUAUUAGAUUUCUAAUGGCAGAUCAAUAUUGGCUUAGCUGUAAAAACAAAAUACUCCUUCCUUAUAUACUUGUUUUGUUAUGAUUAAAGAUCACUCUCGACAUCAACCUUUUGGUUUGUACAGACAGACUGUGUCAGAGCAGUUUUGUCUGCUGUCCUUGGUGACACAUUUCUCAUCUUCUUUCUUUGUGGGCUUUUGUGCGGGCCAAGCCGUGGCCAGCGCACGAUUUAAAUGUAAAUGAAGUUCUUGAAUUGGCGAUUGGUGGACAGGGAGCAGGAGUGGAACACAGGCUGGAAUAAAGGACCGCACAUGGGUGGGUGUUGCCCAAAUUGGGAUAUGCUUUCUGUAUUCUUUCUCCACUGACCUCUUUGUUAAAGACCCAGUAUUCUUGCGGUAAUUUAAGCCAUCUUUGCUGUGUGUGUGUGUGUUUUGUCACAACAGACUUGACCUUUAACCUGGGUCUUUGCCCUCCAUGUGACCACCAAGGAGGAUUUGAAUCUGCUUCAUUUUUAGGCUGUACUAAAAGCUGGAGGUCAUGUUAGGUAGAUGUUGCAGUUUGCUGAUGUUGUCCUUUCAAUAAAAAAGUUAAAUCUUCAAGCUUCAGGGAUCAAACUCAUCUGGCCUGAAGGAUCUCCUAAACCACCUUGAGAAUUUCUUUAGUAUGACUUUCAGUGGAGUUUUUGUGUCCCACAGUGGUUCUUAAUAGAAAAUCUCAAUAAAUGAAUAUUUAAAUCAUAAAUCGUAUCGAUGUGCUACCAAGGUCCGAACUAGAGUAGAACAACAUGGUAAAAAAAAAAAAAAGAAAUCAUAUUGCGAUAAAUUAUACAGAUAUUGCGAUUGUGAUAUGAUUCACAAUUUUAGUAGGAAUGAUGGAGUCUGCAUCAGAAAAACCUGUUGUCCUUUACAUCUGGAAAAUACAGUUUGAUGGGCAGGGAAUCUCUGGCACCAUAAAGCUUUAUGUACAACAAUGUUUUGUCACACAUUUCACCUUUAUCAGAAAAUUGCAGCUCCUGCAAUUUGGAUAUAUUAUUUGGAUUUUGAUCAUUUUUGAUUCCAAGGAAACACUACAGCCACCCAGGUUUCCGGUGCCAACCACACGCUGAGUACUUUCUUGUGUGUAGCUGAAGUUGUGCUGAUCACUGAACCACUGAUCUGAAUGCUGUUUGAGAAACAUUUCCACAAGCUGACAGCUAAGUCUUAGGGCAAAUUCUUUAUCUUUUCAAAAUUGUGAAUAUUAGCACUAAAAAUCAGCGUCACAUACCAAAACUUCAUGUUGGUAAUGCAGUGCACAGCAGGCUGCAGCUGUUCCACACUUAAGAUGAAGGAAGGAUGGACAUCGUCUACAAAAUCCAGCCCUAAGCUACUGGGCUAAGUAGAGCUCUGACUUCAAAGUUCAGUCUGACCAUGAAUGUUCUAGAGAAGCAUCAAGACUUAGAACCUAGAACAACCAGGCAUUUAAACUAGGGAUUGACCAGUUACCGGUCCCAGAUGAUUAUGCAAAAAUCAUCCGAAUUUUUGCAUAAUUGGGCCGAAACAUAGGGUUUUUUAAUAGUUGUUAUCAUCAAUUUGAUUUACAUGAUGGCUGAUAUGAAAACCACAGAUGCUGGCUGUGUCUGAAAGACAGGGCAACACAAGUGAGUGGCCGGGCAGCAUUUCUGUUAUAUGGUUACAAUAUUCUUUUUCCUUGUCACUGUAUUUGUUUUUAGUUUUACAGAAAGACAGAAAGCCAGGGGGAAUACAAUUUCAUUUCAGUUUUGCUAGAUUGAAAUACUUGUGCUGUGUUCAGACACCUUUCACAAACAUUUGAACACAAGAAUGGUCCAGCAUCACUGAUCUGCACGGAAGGAACUAAUGACAGUUUUCUCAUGUUGCUGUAACUGAGAAGGUUUUUUGUGUCCUUGUCAAGUAUUUUUAAAAAAUAGUAAUUUGACUUUCACUGAAGUACAUGUUUUGCUUGAGUUUUGUGCUUCACUACAUUUUAAAUCACAUCCAUUACAGAGAACAAACGAUCGCUGACAGAUCGUGGAACCUUUCACAAUAAAAGUUCAGUCAGAAAAGAUGAGAAGAGGAACCAGCUUCAACUUUGUUGGUUCUGCUUGUAGUCAUUUCCAAAUUUCACUGAAAAAAAAAAAAAGCUGCACAAUGAGAAACUAUAGCAAGGACCAUUUUGACUCCGCUGGUGAAAAUGUGGAAUAAGUUUGUAAUAAGUGGCCUGGUGAUGAGAACCAUGUAGACUCGACCAUUUUUUUAAACUUUAUUUAACUAUUAUCUCUACAGGUAAUCUUAUUGAGACUCGGGGUUUCAUUCUCAGGAGAGACCUGUCCAACACAAACACAACAAUACACAACCCAAAUAUUAAAGUGAAUUUGCAAAAGUGCCAAUGAGUCUACAGGGCCCUCACUUCAUUUAACCUUUGGAAACUUUGCAUAAUGCACCUUUAAAAGAAUCUAGUUUGUAUCGUAUAGUCUCAUCCUUUCUAAGUGAAUGGAAAAGAGCAUGCCUUACACAGUUCCCAUGAGGUGAAAAAGUGACGUGCUCUGGGUACAUGUGAAAUGAGCUACUUUUUAUUUUUACAGCAGUACUUCUACUGCAGUAAACAGUACUUCUACUAGAGGAGUAGUUUGCACUACUCUUUCCACCACUGCUGACCUUUCAGUGUAUAAUUUUAAUGAUUAUAGUUUUCUUGUCUUUUUUAUUUGCUUUUUUUUGCCAUUUUUUUACUAAUGUAAACUAAACAUUUGUUAAUUUAAAUCAAAGUUUGUGUUGGUGUUUCUAAUGCUGUUAAUUCUGACACUGCAGUUUUUAAAUUUACAAAUGAAUAUGGGUCCUAAAUAUCAGUUAUUGCUGAUCUUGAUUACUAAUAAUCGGUAAUGGCCCUGAAAAGUCAGUAUGUUUAUCCCUAAUUUAAAACCUGAUGUCAGGAGUGUCCCAGGACAGUUGAGAUGUGUGUGUGUGUUUUUGACCUGCCAGGCUUCUCUGCAUUGGGUCAGUGUUGGUGAUGUUGAUGUUCAUCAGUCUGAAUGAUUUUUCAAAACAUUCAGAAAACAACAUUGUAAUUUGAACUGUUUUCUAUGUUUUUCCUAAGGGGGCAGGGAAAUAUGUUCUAUAUUCUAUGUGGGGGAUUUUGCUUAGAAUGUCACCACCUGUAAAUAUUUUUGUAAGAUAAAUUGAGAAAAAAAAUAUAAAUGCUGACCUGUGAAAUGUACAGUAUUUUAUGUCAUCCACAUUUUUAUAGCUUGAAGAAGUGUGCAAGAAAGACCUGUUUUCUGAAGCUUUAGGUAUGAUCAUGGCAUACCACUUCUUUUUUUUACCUGCUGGUUGUUUCCGUAGGAGUCAGAGCCUCUGUCCUCUUCAGUGCUCAAACUGUCCAGCUCUUCUGCUCUCACAUCGCUUGUGUUUGCACCACAUGGUGUGGAUGGUUUUCCAUUAAAACUGAAAAUUCUUCA